AUGGCGCGCGGCGGCGCCGUUGGCGCGCUCGCGGGCGUGCUGUCGGACCCCAAGCGCACGCCGGCCGGCGCGCUGUGGGCGGCGCGGCUGCUGCGCGUGCUCUCCGAGGAGCCCACCACCGCGCAGGAGCUGGCCUCCUGCCCCGAGCUGCUGUUGGCGGUCGCCGCGCUGCUGCGCGCGCCGCCGGCGUACAGCCGCUCGGGCAUGACGGAGCAGGACCGCGUGGCGGCGGCGUGGCGGGCGACCAAGGGGCUGGACAGCACCAAGUCGUACUUCAAGUGGGCUGACUACCAUGAGUACCAGGGCAUGUGGGGCGAGGGCAGCCCCGACGCCGGCCGCGACAUCGGCGUCGAGGCGGCCGCCGCGGCGCCUGGCGUUGCGGAGCCGGUCACUAAGGCGCAGGCCCACAUGGCCUGGAUGCUGGGGCGGCUGGCGGUCUCCACGCGCGGGUCUGCCAGGGAGGCGGUGCGCGCCCUGGGCGUGUCGGCCGGCGUAAUCCCCGCGCUGGUGGUCAUGCUGCGCGAGUCGCAGCGCAACCAGGGCGUCGGCUUCAACCUCGGAUCGGUGCUCCAGCACAACAGCCAGGCCGCCGCGGCCUUUGCGCUGCAGGCGCUGUGCGCGGGCCACGCGCCCAACCGCCGCGCCGCGCUCGACGUGCUCGCGCUGGAGGCGUGGCUCGGGCACAACAUCAGCGUCGACCUCUCCCCCGCGGGGCUGGACACUGUCGCGGCGGACCUGCAGGCGCCCGGCGUGAUGGGCACCCUUGAUGGCGACGGCUCGGACCACUGGCCGCACGACUGA